CAAACACCAUGUUCCACUCCAAGCUCCAGCUGUUGCUCAGCGCGACAAGUGUCCUCGUGGCCGUGGCCGUGGCCCAGGUCCAGGCCCAGUACGAUCUCUAUGGGGAUCUGUCGUAUGGCGGGGGCUCGGCGGAGACGCAGCUGGACUAUGUGUUCACGGAUAGCGACUACGAUGCCAUCUGUCCGCCCGGCGGCAGUCCCGUGUGCGCCACGGAUGGCCGCCAGUACCAGCGCUUCUCCAGCAAGUGCCGCCUGGACUCGCACAACCUCAAGCUGCUCUUCGCCGGCAGUCCCGAACUGACGCAAACGGAGCUCAUCUACUGCUCCUCGUACGCUGCUCUUGCCCCGUCCCCCUACUAUCUGCGUGGUGGUGCUCCUUCGCAGCCCGCCAGCCACUACUCGGGUGCCGGCUCGGGCUCCCAAUCGUACGCCUAUGCGGCGGCCCAUGGCCCCUAUGGCGCCAAGGCCAGCGCUGAGGCGCCCGGCCCGUACCUCAUUCCUUCCCCUCCCCGUCCAGCGUACAAGCCCUAUGGCGGUGCGUAUUCUGCAACGACUGCGGCACCGGCUGGCGGCGCCACAACGACCAAGGCAGCCCCCAAAUAUCCCCCUAGGUAUCCGCCCAGAUAUCCGCCCAAGUAUCCCACUGUAGCCACAACUUCAGCGGCGCCAACGUCCGUCUCGACGGCGGCACCUACGGAUUCCACCACUGCAGCAUCCACAGAAGUAACCACAACCUCUGUUGCCACAGAUGCAACCACAACCACGGAGUCAACCACGGGUUCAACCACCGAUUCAACAACCGAUUCAACCACGGACUCAACCACGGACUCAACUACCGAUUCAACCACGGACUCAACCACCGAUUCAAGCUCCUCUUCAACCUCUGCUGCCACCACGGAAUCCACCACCGCUGCUCCAUCCGGUGAUAUUGUGAUAACGGAGGUCAAUGGCGGAGUUACCACCACCACCACCGUGACGCCUGGCACCAUCGACACCUGUCCCGAUGCCUUUACCAGCCUGACCGUGCUCCUCAAUGGAGUGACGACCACUUUGAGUGGCUGCAAGACUGUCACAACCAGCUGAGGAGUGCAGCAGAGCGCAGCAAUCAAAUUAUAGAUCCCAAAGUACCUUCAAAUAAUUCCAAAUCCGAUCCGAUCCGA